CAGUUGGCCAUAUUUGAGAUUUGAGUUGUAUGGAUGUUUCUAUGGAGGAGCUAAGUAUUGUGCAGGCACUGUUGGUGUACAAAGUGUGCGUCGCAUUAGAAAUAAUCAGAUGACCGCGUCGUCAGAGUACAACGGUCACUCUCCAGCAAGAAUAGCUCGACUGCACUUUAAGAGACGUGGGUCGUACUACGGUUCGUGGAUCUCUAAGCUCAAUAACCACAAUCAGUGGCUUCAGAUCGAUCUUAAAAGAACAAUGAAGAUCUCUGCCGUUGMAACACAAGGUCGACAAGAUGCUUCCCAGUGGGUGACUUCGUACUACAUCCAGUUCAGUUUAGAAGGACACAACUGGGCGACCAAACGAUAUUGGUACUCCACAAUCCACACUUUCCAAGCUAACCGAGACAAAGACUCCGUUAAGAUCAACUCUUUCGACGACCCCAUCUACACGCGGUUCUUCCGCUUCCAACCAAGAGGRUGGAGAUCACACAUCGCCAUGAGGGUCGAGCUGUACGGUUGCGCAUGGAACCGUUGUGACAUGCCACUUGGAGUCGAAGAAAAGGARGUCGCUGACCAGAUGAUGAAAGCAUCGUCAUACUCAGGCAGCUCUUGUAGACCAAUGUACGGUCGGCUUAACAGCUAUGCAGGCGCAGGUGCCUGGUGUGCAGCCAGAAAUAACCGUCAGCAAUGGCUUCAAGUUGAUUUUGGUGCCAUGGCUAAAGUAACCCGCGUUGCAACUCAAGGUCGACGAGGUUCUGCUCAGUGGGUCAAGACAUACUAC